AUGAGCCGCUUCUUCGUAGAGCGUGCUUUCUCCAAAGAGGCCAAAGACUUGGGCGAUCAGAUCAUUCUUGACAUCAAGGAUGAGUUUACCAUCAAGCUCAACGAGUCAGAAUGGAUGACCGAAAGCGUUCGUCAGUUGGCAAUCGAGAAGGUCCAUCUCAUUCGCCAGAAGAUUGGAUACCCCACUCAAAGCCCUGACAUUACCAAUGCUGGUGAACUGCAAGAGUACUACAGCAACAUCAGCAUAUCAGCGACCACAUACUUCGAGAACAAGCUGUCGGUUGUUAGACAUGAUGUGCGCGAGAGCUGGUCGCAAGUAGGCAAGCCUGUUGAUAAGGACGAGUGGGGCAUGAGCGCUCAAACGGUGAAUGCCUAUUAUAAUCCUCCAGGUCCGUUUUUUCUUCUUUUUACCUCCUCUUCCCUCCCUCUCCCUGCCUUCUACCACUUGCCGGUCUCUGACACUACAUUCUANGGCAACGAGAUUGUGUUCCCAGCCGGGAUUAUGCAAGCCCCAGUCUUCUACGACCCUUCCAUCCCGAGGUAUCUUUCUUACGGUGCAUUCGGAGCCGUUGCUGGUCACGAGUUGUCUCACGCUUUCGACUCGUCCGGCAGAAACUAUGAUCAGAAUGGCAACUACACUGACUGGUGGGAUAACUCCACUAUUGAGGCAUUCAAGACCAAGACCGAUUGCUUUGUCGAGCAAUAUCACAACUACACUAUUCCCACCAAAAAUGGUCGUCUUCCAAUCAACGGAAAGCUCACAUUGGGUGAGAACAUUGCUGAUGCUGGUGGCCUCACUGCGGCUUAUCAAUCGUGGAAACGCCGUGAUGACGAGAAGGCAGACUUGAUGCUGCCUGGUCUUGAUCACUUUACCAAGGAGCAGAUCUUCUUCCUCGCAUACGGACAGACUUGGUGCGGCAAGAUGAGGUAUGUUGUUAAGCACCAACAACACGCCAAAGCGCUGACACAGUACAGGGAGGAGCAGAUCGUGCAGAGAAUCUACACUGACCCUCACAGUCCGGAUAUGUUCAGAAUCAAGGUGAGUUUCAUGUCUACGAAUUGA